CGGAUAGUCGACCCGCGACCGAAAGGUUGACUCUGGGCGUGGCAUGGACGACCUCGUGCGGCAAGCGGCCAUGGCCCGGGAGCGCUGCCUCCUCGGGCUUUACGACGAAGGGAGUAAGAUCUUCCGCGCCUGCAUCCGCGACGCCAUCUUCACCCGCCGGUUGAGCCGAGACGACCGCGCGCUGCACGCCUUGGUCGAGAGCCUCAAGGCCGAGUACGCCGUCAUCCACCGCUACACAACAACGCUGGACCUUUUCCAGCAGAUUCAAAUCCAGCCCAAGAAGCCCAAGCAGCGCUCACUCCUCGACGAGGUCCCAGCGCGCAAGCCACGUCCGAGCGUGACGUUCAAGCGGCUGCCGACCGAAGACGAGUUUGUCGUGCAGAAACGACAGCGCCGUACCGACGAGAAGGAGAACCCAGCGGCGAGCGAGAAGGAGCGAAGGGCGCUGCCCGCCAAGAGGAAACGGGUCAAGGACAGUACCGCUUCGACCAAGACCCUGAGCAAACACCCAUACCUCAAGCGCAACAGCAUCUCAUACAGUGGCACGAGCGAGCCCAAGGAACCGACGCGUGCCAUGAGUUCCCGAGCAAGGGCGAUGGCGUACGAGGCACCAAACAUGGAGAGCCUCGCGCAGUCAAGUCUUCUCCGCAACGUCCCGUCCUCGGCCCUUGCGUCCAAGCCACUGUAUGCGUCACCUCGGACAUCGACCGAGUCAAGCACCGACGAAGGCCUUCCCAAGUACUCGGACAUUGCGCGCGCAGAGCGGCGGGUCGACUUGGAUCUGAUCGAAGCUAUCGAGCGCGAUAUCGUCGACCGUGGCGCAAAAGUCCAAUUCGAAGACAUUGCAGGCCUCGACCAUGUCAAGAAUCUGCUCAAGGAGGCGGUGAUGCUGCCGCGGUUCGCGCCCCACCUCUUCACCGAGGAUGGACCGCUCAAGCCGUGUAAUGGUGUUCUUCUUUUCGGUCCGCCGGGCACGGGUAAAACCCUCCUCGCCAAGGCUGUCGCCAACGUCUGCAACACAACGUUCUUCAAUGUCUCGGCUUCGACGCUUUCGAGCAAAUACCGCGGCGAAUCGGAGCGCAUGGUGCGCAUUCUCUUUGAGAUGGCGCGCUACUACGCACCGUCCAUCAUCUUUAUGGACGAGAUCGACGCGAUUGCGGGUGCGCGAGGCACGGCUCAAGAGCACGAAGCGAGCCGCCGCGUCAAGACGGAGCUACUUGUGCAAAUGAAUGGCAUUCUGAACGAAGAGAACGGCGCGACCGACGCCGCAAAGCAAGUCAUGGUGCUCGCCGCGACCAACUUGCCGUGGGAGCUGGACGAAGCGAUGCGCCGACGCCUCACAAAGCGCGUGUAUAUUCCGCUGCCGGAACUUGUCGGUCGACGGGAACUCUUCCAGCUCAACUUGCGCAAGAUGAGCUUGGCGCGUGACGUCGUUCUCGAUGAACUCGCCAACCAAACGCAGGGCUACAGCGGCGACGAUAUCACCAACAUUUGUGAAGCAGCCAAACUGUUGACAGUCAAGAGGGUGUACACGCCGCAGCUUCUCCAAGAUAUUCAAGCGAGCUCGUGUUCCGAACGUGAUUUGCGCCAACUCAAAGAGCAAUCCCUCGUUGUCACCAAGGCUGAUUUUCAAGUCGCACUUGGAAACGUGUCCAAGUCGGUCGGUACCGACCAAUUGCAUCGGUUUGACGCGUGGGAGGCAGAAUUCGGCUCCAAGUAA